CUUCGAGCGAGGGGCUGUGGUUGAAAGACGAGGUGUUGCCCAUCACCGGAGGCGGAUCCGGGCCCUGUCGCGCUGCUCCCGGAGGAGGAGGCUGACGAGGCCCCCAUCAUGAUACGGAGAGCGGUCCGUGCACUGUGAGCGGCACAGUAAUUUAAAUAAUGGCUGGCGAGGAAUUUGCUUCAGUAAUGGAGGAAGAUACCGUGGAGGAAAUGGAUACAUCUGAUACACAGUGGAACUGGUACUACUUGGGUGAAUGUGGAAAAUGGCACAUCUAUGAGAAGGAUCCCAAUGUUCCAUGUUCUGUAAGCAGUGAAGAUAUCGAAAGAAUUUUUAGGGUGAAUUCAGAUGGCCAUUUUUCAUUUUCCACUGCAAAAUACAACUACACAAUAGAUUUCAGAGCAAUGAAACAAACUAAUACAGCAACUGGCAAGCAGAGGCCCGUGAAACGUGCAGCCUUCUCCGUCACUGCUUUCAGUUUUAUAUGUGGAAAUGAAGAAAUUCCCAUUCCUUUGCAUUGGGAGAAUAUAGAUCGAGACAAACCUUACCAGCUCUGUCCAUUGCAUAAAGCUUCAAAUGAAUAUCAGGAAGUCGCAAACUCUUUGGACAAACAAUGGAUCAGAAACCGAAUCAUGCAAAUUCAAAGAAUUCAGAAUUUAGACUUGUGGGAGUUCUAUUGCAGAAAAAAAGCCCAUUUGAAGAAGAUGAGAAAUGAAUUGGAAGUGAAUGAAAGAAUGCUUUUUCAUGGUACGAGCAAUGAAUUUGUGGAAGCAAUAUGUUCACAGAAUUUUGACUGGAGAAUAAAUGGAGCCCAUGCUACAGUUUAUGGAAAAGGGACUUACUUUGCUCGUGAUUCCUCAUACUCCAGCCGUUACUGCCGUGCUGACGAGAAGUGCGAGGCAACCUUGCAGCCACAUCAGUGGAAGCCACAAUUUAAAACAAUGUUUCUUGCUCGAGUUCUUGUGGGUGAUUAUAUUACAGGAGACCCCAAAUAUAUUCGGCCUCCUUCCAAAGAUGGAAGUCUGGUGAACUUGUAUGACAGCUGUGUGGACAACAAGUGGAAUCCAAAGAUUUUUGUAAUAUUUGAUGCCAACCAUAUCUAUCCAGAAUACCUAAUUAAUUUCCGUUGAACAGAAGUGAGGAAAUUACUGCUGGAAUUGUCAGGUAAAUUGAAAUGAA